UGUUUUUCCAGAUCGACUAUCCAGAUAUAGAACCCAGAAGAAUACAAAAUUCUCCGCUGAUGGAUCAUCCGCAGCAUAGAAGCAUGAACAUCAUGUUUGUGGAUGAGUAUGCCCAAAACAUCCCAAGACAGAAUUUGUACCACAAGUGCUCGAGAGGGUCGCAUUCAUCAGACACAAGUUCCGCGUACAGCGGAUCAGACACUAUGGCCUCCACCCAUUCCGAACUCGAUGGAGACGAGCUGGACCUCACCGGGCUCGUCGAAAGCAUCGUUGACAGCGAUGAAGAAGACGAUUUAACAGAGAGUAUGGAUAGUUUGACAGUAAGAGACAGAGUCAGAGAUUGCCUAGAAAAAGAACCGUCAGAGCGAACCGAAGAUGACAUAGAAGCAUUAUUAGAAUUCACCCAACAUUUAAAAGCAUUCACGAAUAUGACAUUAGCAGUGCGAAGAGCCCUGUGUGCGGUUAUGGUAUUUGCAGUGGUAGAAAAAGCUGGUACGAUAGUAAUGAACGACGGAGAAGAAUUGGAUUCUUGGUCAGUGCUUGUUAAUGGCUCCGUAGAAGUUGUGAUUCCAGAUGAGCCGAGUCAAACUUUAUACAUGGGCGAUGCAUUCGGCAUCUUACCAACUAUGGACAAGCUUUACCACAAAGGUGUUAUGGUUACUAAAUGCGAUGAUUGUCAGUUCGUUUGUAUAACGCAGUCAGACUAUUAUAGAAUAUUACAUCAAGGUGAAGAAAAUACGCGACGGCAUGAAGACGAAGGAAAACUAGUCAUGGUAACAGAACUACGAGGUUCACUGGAGCCUGGAAGUAACAGACGAGGUCAUGUAGUUAUUCGCGCAACCGCAGACCGACUCAUGCAACAAUUAAUCGAAGAAAAUUCACUUACAGACCCCACUUAUGUAGAAGACUUCCUUUUAACUCACAGGGUGUUUAUUCAGAGCCCUCUUGUUGUAGCAAGUCAACUGUUAGAUUGGUUUAAAGAUACGGAAGUCCGGGAUAGAGUGACAAGGGUGGUGCUGCUUUGGGUUAACAAUCAUUUUACUGACUUCGAAACGGAUCCUGACAUGAUCGAAUUUUUAGAGACGUUCGAGCAAGGUCUCGAAUCGGAAAAGAUGGUAGGGCAACUAAGGCUUCUUAAUAUAGCCUGCGCAGCUAAAGCAAGGAUACGGAACGUGGUGUUAGCUAGACCUAACAGAGACGAACCCUUGAGUUUUCAAAUUCUUGGAGGAUUCGAACGAAACUUUGGAAUAUUCAUUUCGAAAGUAGAUAAGAAAUCUAAAGCGGAAGACGUCGGCUUGAAGCGUGGUGAUCAGAUUCUCGAAGUGAACAACCACAGCUUCGAGCAUAUGUCUCUCACUAGAGCGUUGGAAAUAUUGAGAGGAACGACACAUCUAAGUAUUACAGUUAAAUCAAAUCUUCUCCAUUUCAAAGAAAUGCUUAAUACUCCCGAUAACUCCCCAAGACCGAGGAGUAGAAAGGUUUCCGAUAUAAACUAAUUUAACUAAAGUUCCUGCGGAUCCUAGAGCUAGACUGUCUAGUGUAGAUGGUAAUAUAAUCCUCGGUCAUGACACUCCUGCUUCUCAGCCGAUCACCAUAAGCAGUCCGGCGAAGGAAGGAAAGAAACAGAGUUUUAUGACGCUAGGAAGACUCCAAAAAGCGCUGAUGAAGAUGAGCAUUUUUCCUAAGAAUAUGAUAAAUGUUGGUUUGGGCCAGGACCAAGUUGAUAGCUUUAAUCCUCCCUCAACGUUAGGAUCGAACCUCUACCAGUCGCAGAGCAAUCCAGAUCUGAUGUCAAUUUGUUACGAUGACUUAAGAUGUACGGAUUACCCAGAACAUGUUUUAAAGGUUUAUAAGCCUGAUCAAAGCUACAAAUACCUCCUAGUCCACAAAGAAACCACAGCCCACGAAGUAGUAAUGCUGGCCCUACAAGAAUUCGGCAUGACGGACCCGAGCAGCAACUUCAGCCUCUGUGAGGUUUCGGUAACGGACAACCAAACCAUCAAGCAGAAACGACUACAGGACGAUCUGCAAAACUUAGCCGAGCGGAUAGGAUUGAGCAGCCGGUAUUAUCUGAAGACUAACGGCGUUACGGAAACUCUGGUACCUGAUGAACUAGCGCCUGAGCUAGUUAGAGAGAGCGCGGUGCAUUUUUUGCAACUAAACGCGGUGGAAGUGGCGAUACAGCUGACUCUGCUGGAUUUCAGUAUUUUUAGACAGAUUGAACCGACUGAGUAUAUCGAUGAUCUCUUCGAAUUGAAGUCCAAAUAUGGCACGCCGAUGUUGGAACAGUUUGCUUCUUUGGUUAACAAAGAAACAUUUUGGGUUGUUUCUGAAGUGUGCGCGGAGCACAAUCCAGUCAGGAGAAUGAAGAUUAUUAAACAGUUCAUUAAAGUUGCAAGGCAAUGCAAAGAAUGCAAAAACUUUAACUCAAUGUUCGCUAUAGUAAGCGGGCUGGGACACGGUGCCGUUUCGAGAUUGAGGCAAAGUUGGGACAAAUUACCCGGAAAGUACCAAAGGGUGUUUUCGGAACUGCAACAACUCAUGGAUCCUUCCAGAAAUAUGAGCAAGUACCGUCAAUUAGUAAGCGCCGAACAGACUCAACCUCCAAUUAUACCUUUCUACCCAGUUGUUAAAAAAGAUUUGACAUUCAUCCAUUUGGGCAACGAUUCCAAAGUUGAAGGCCUAAUAAACUUUGAAAAGCUGCGGAUGAUCGCCAAGGAAGUCAGAUCGUUGAGCAACAUGUGCAGUAGUCCGUACGAUUUACUCACGAUGCUCAAAUUGGGCGGCCAGCCUGCUAGCAAUGCCAUGGUAGCACUCAAUCAACUAACCACUGCCUCAAGUAAUUAUCACGCACAAGGUCAAGCAACUGUAAAACGAAGAAAAAAAUCAGCGGCAGCUCCGAACCCUAAGAAGAUGUUUGAAGAGUCCCAGAUGGUACGAAGGGUUAAGGCCUAUUUGAACAACCUCCAAGUCGAAACAGACGAAGCCAAACUGCACGAGAUGUCGCUGGAGUGCGAGAGUCCUGCGACGGGCGGAUCCUCGGGGCCCGGCAGUCAAAGGACCAAACGGCAUUCUUCACCAGCACCUAGUACUACCAGCAGUACGAGCAGUGCCAGCGAUGAGAGGAAGCCUACUGCCAAAUUCGGUUCGGCUUCGCCUCAAGCGGUGCGGAAAUUAUUGGCAUUAUCGGAACCGAAUAAAACAAGGCCGCAUCAGCCUCGUCUUCCUUCUCAUGGUCUCAAUCAGCCCAGUCCUGCCGUCAGGCGGGCACCAAGUGCCACAGGAAGUUACUCCAGUUACGGGUCCCACAGUUCGAGUAGUUCAGGAGCGGGCGGAAGAGCCAUGCACGAGAGAUCUCAUUCAGACACGCCCACACCUCUCCCCUCCGUAGCUUUGUCUGCAGAAAGCAGUAGUGUUACUUCCCUCAGCAACUUACCUUUGAGAAAGACUGUGACUUCUGGUUCGGUCUCUUCAUCGGACUCGGGUCAUAGUACCAUCAGCCAAGUGACGACCAGCUCCAACGAUUGUCAUUCCUACCAACCGAGAUGUCCGAGUCCGCCCAGACAUCCGCCGCCUAUACCAGGCUGGUUACCUGCUCGCAUUGGUUCUUUGCCCCCUUGUGCUCUAGCUGUGGCCGUUUUACCUCCCUUACCUAUAGCUUUUCGUAAUUCCAAUGGUCCUGGUAGACGACAACCGCCCGCUUACAGUGUUGCAGCGCAAAUGGCGAGGUUGCAUCGGUUAGGUAGAGCUCAUUCGCACGAAGGUGUUACUCAGGGUUACCAUUAUCACACCGAUCCGGAUACGGAUCAGGAUGACGAUGAGACCCAAGUCUCGGCGGUGUGA